AUGGCCCAUCUCCCAGACGUUGAGUAUUGGUCCUAUUCUCUCCUCUCCCUGACGCGCGACCGCAACCAGCCUGACUCCGGACCGUCUCCACUCUCCAGUCCGCCCGUCGCAGAGACGCAGACGCCGCGCCACACAGCCCGCCGCCCCGCCGAGGCACCGACGGUGGCCGCCUACCCCAGCACGGCUUCGCCCCGACCGGAUCCGGCCUUGCUCGUGCCUCGUGCUGGCUUGGCCGUCGGUCGUCGCCCUCCCCCUCCACCCUCGGUGCUCGGCCGUCCAGCGGGAACGGCGCAGCCGCGCAGGCGCAACGGGCGCUCGCCGCUCGGUAAGGGCGGCCUCCGGGGCAGCGCCAGCGAGGCCGGGGCGCAGCACAGGAGCCCGCCGCCGGCCGUCUGCUCAAGCGCCAGUGGCGGAUCUACAGCCGGCGCCGAGAGAGUGCGGCUUGGCAACAGAUACAAGGAGUGCAGGCCACGAAGAACUAGCAGCUGUCAAACAAAAAUACUUGUUGGAAAGGAUGUAUUGCACGAACUAGAGCAAAGGCGUUCAUCACCAAGUGUAAUUGCAAAACUGAUGGGAAUUGAUGUGUUGCCACCUUCUAAUAUGGUCAAUAGUCGGCAUCAAGAAUUUAAGGAUGUUUUUGAAGUGUCAGAGGAGCCACCAGAGGCUGUCACAAAAGAGAGGUCCCAUCAUUUUCCAAAAGGCUUGCCAAGCUUGAAACAAAGAGCGCUAAGAUUAAAAAAGCUUAUGCCAUCAAAAACACUCUACGGAGAUGAUACACAUGAUUGUCAUGUGGAUUGCACAGAUGGCUUGGGUCGCUUGAACUCAGUGGAAAUAAAUAAUCCUUUAUUUGAGAAGCGCCCUCAUGACAUGAACUAUUCUGCAAAUUAUCAGUAUGGGAAAGAUACAUCAAGUGUUUGCAGGACUUACCCUGUGGGUUUAGCCAAUUCUUCACUCAGCAGUUUCAGCUUUUUAUCAAGAGGAAAAAACAAAGAUUUCAACAACAUUGUAGUUCUGGAACCACCAUGCUUGGAAAAAGGGCAUGAUCCAGAAAACGUUUUUUCCAUUCCAUACCUUUCUCCUCUCAAUAAGAACUGCAGGAGAGGCAUGAAACAUAAGCAAUCUGAGUUUCCUGUAAUGAAGAAUGGAAGAGAUUGGCAACAUAUAUUAAGUACUGAAAAUAAUAAUGUGCCUCGAAUUAGAAAAGAAAGAUUCUUGACUAGUGACCCCAUUGAUCCACUUCAAAUUGGACAGGAAGCAUCAGUUCAUCAGUUUGGCAAUACUGAUGCGAGUUGUCUUGGAUCAUCUCAGAGGUAUUCUUGUGGUAAUGAUAACUUUAGGCAAACUAACAGGUCAUCAUCAAACAGCGCGCUGUUGAAAAUACGCUGGCAUGCAGAAUCUGCUGUUGGUUCGAAAACUCUUGCAGAAAUGUUUGCUCUGUCUGAUUCUGAAAGACUGAAGCUAAAUUCAGAUUCACGUGCUCCAAUUCGACGUAAUAUGAUUGACCGUGAUAAUGGUCAUAGCAAGGAUGGAUGCUUUAUAGUUUUACCAAAGCAUGCACCUCUGCAAUCUAUCCGAAGCUCAACGGACAGGAAUUCUUGCUCGGAAGGCUCCUCUCAGGGUAAAAAUAAUUCAAAUAUAUCCAAUAUUUACAACAAUGGGAAGUGUCAGUUUGAUUCUUUCCGGGAUAAACCAAGACUGCUGAAGCAAAUUGGCAGUGGCAGUGAAGCUCACUUGAGCAAUGCUUGCUGUUUCCAAAAUCUGACAGCAGACAACUUUUCCACUCCUGAUUGCUUAAAUGAGAAAGUAUUGUUCACAACAGAUGAAGACUUAGUGCAACAACCAGCUGAAUCUGAAGCUUCUGGUUUCAACUUGCAGGUUUCUAGGAAACAAAGGGUGACAUUAUUGCCUUUCCGUUGUCACGAGGAUGAAUCAAUAUCUGUUUCGGAUCAUACUGAUGGUACAAAAUCUUGUAAAGGCUCAAAAGAGGUUGAGCAACCAAGCCCAGUGUCCAUCCUUGAGCCUCCAAUUGAUGAUGAUAUUUGUUUUCCAGGAUGUUUGACUUAUGAUGACUUGCAAGGGAUGGCUAAGAAACAAAGAGAUGGCCAUCAAUAUCACAAUGAAUCUGAAGUUACCAUGUCAAGUGAUGAUGAAGACCAUUCUUUUUACCAAUCUUUGGAAGCAUUUCAGGUCGAGGAAAACUGGGACUUCUCAUAUCUCCUUGACAUACUUAUAUGCUCUGGUAUCAUAGUUUCUGACUGGCAGCUCAUCUGCAAGUCAUGGUACUUGCCUGGUUGCCCUGUUGGCCCUCAUGUCUUUGAUAGGCUUGAGAGGAAGUACAACAAAAUCACCACAUGGGCAAAACCUGAGAGGAGGCUUCUGUUCGACCUCGUGAAUUCAAUCCUUUCCGAGGUCCUUGCACCAUGUGUUGAUGUGCACCUGUGGGUGCAGCCUAGUAGACACCGUGUAGCUCUUUGCGGCCCUGAAGGACCUGUUGAGAAGGUUUGGCAGACAAUUGUUAGGCAGCGGGAAGAUUGUGUCACAGGGAAUCCUGAUGAGAUGGUUCUUGAUACAAACUGGCUGGAAGUAGGCAACGACAUCAAUAUGAUGGGGAAGCAGAUAUCUAGGAUGUUACAUGGCGACCUCUUGGAAGAAGUCAUAGUGGACUUCCUGGGAUGA